GCCCUGGAGCUGGCCCUGGAGGAGGAGCUGGCGCUGCUGGCCGCCGCCGGGGAGCCGCCGGAGCCGCCGCCCGCCGCCGCCGCCCGCGACCCCGAGCUGCUCUCGCUGAUCCGGCAGAAGGAGAAGGACCUGGUGCUGGCGGCGCGGCUGGGCAAGGCGCUGCUGGAGCGCAACCAGGACAUGAGCCGGCAGUACGAGAGGAUGCACAAGGAGCUCACCGACAAGCUGGAGCACCUGGAACAGGAGAAGCACGAGCUGCGGCGGCGAUUUGAGAACAAGGAGGGAGAGUGGGAAGGAAGGGUGUCUGAGCUGGAGAGCGACGUGAAGCAGCUGCAGGACGAGCUGGAGAAGCAGCAGGUCCACCUGCGCGAAGCCGACCGCGAGAAGACGCGCGCUGUCCAGGAACUCUCCGAGCAGAACCAAAGACUCCUGGACCAGCUCAGCAGGGCGUCGGAGGUGGAGCGGCAGCUGUCCCUGCAGGUCCACACCCUGCGCGAGGACUUCAGGGAGAAGAAUUCCUCCAGCAGCCAGCACAUCGUGCGCCUGGAGAGCCUCCAGGCCGAGCAAGUCCUUGAAAUCAAAAUGCUGACGGACAGGAAGCGGGAGCUGGAGCAUCGCCUCAGUGCCAUGAUGGAGGAGAACGACCUGCUCCAGGGAACCGUGGAGGAGCUGCAGGACCGCGUCCUCAUCCUGGAGAGACAAAGCCAUGACAAGGACCUGCAGCUGCACCAAAGCCAGCUGGAGCUCCAGGAGGUGAGGCUGUCCUACCGGCAGCUGCAGGGCAAGGUGGAGGAGCUCAGCGAGGAGAAAAGUCUCCAAAACCUCAACACAACCAGCACAUCUCUGCUCUCUGAGAUAGAGCAGAGCAUGGAGGCAGAGGAGCUGGAGCAAGAACGAGAACAGCUGAGGCUGCAGCUCUGGGAGGCCUACUGCCAAGUGCGGUACCUGUGCUCCCACCUGCGGGGCAACGACAGCGCCGACUCGGCCGUGUCCACCGACUCCUCCAUGGACGAGUCCUCAGAAACCUCCUCAGCCAAAGACGUGCCGGCCGGGAGCCUGCGCGCCGCCCUCAGCGAGCUCAAGAGGCUCAUACAGAACGUGCUGGACGGGGCAGACUCCACGAGCUCUCGGCGAAGCGACGACGACACCUUAGAGGAGCAGAUCAGGAGAACCAGUGAGGAUUCACGAGCCCUGAGGGAGUUAAUGGAGGGAGAACGGGGGAAACUGAGGCAGAGUUUGGAGGAGCUGCAGCGACUGCACAGCCAGGUGACGCUGCUGAGUGUGGAGAUGACGACGCUGAGGGAGGAGCGGGACCGGCUGCGCGGCGCUGCCGAGGACAAGGAGGCGAGCGAGCGGCUCCUGCAGGCCAUCAGGGACCGCGACGAGGCCAUCGCCAAGAAGAACGCGGUGGAGGUGGAGCUGACCAAGUGCAAGAUUGACAUGAUGUCCCUCAACAGCCAGCUCCUGGAUGCCAUCCAGCAGAAGGUGAACCUCUCACAGCAGCUGGAGGCCUGGCAGGAUGACAUGCACAGGGUCAUUGACCAGCAGCUGAUGGACAAACACCCGAAGGAAUGGAGCCAGCUUGCUUAUUCCUUCUCCAGUGGCAGCAGGCGGGGCGCCAGGCCCUGCCCCGCGCCCAGGCCGGAGCAGCAGGGCGACGAGCCCGAGGGGAACCGGCUCUUCUCCUUUUUCAAGAAAAAUUAAUUGGAAAAAGAGAAAACUCUCCAACAAUUCCUGCGUCAAGAUGGGGAGUGGGGCAGCUGCCCAGCUUGCUGAUGGACCCAAGUCUGAUCCGCUGAGUAAAAAAAGAAGGGGGCAAAGGAGUUAACCCUUGAGACUCUGCACUAUUUACACCGCACCUGGUCUGAACCAAAUGUUUACAUGAAUUGGAGAUUUGCAAAUUGACAAUGUGAUUCUAGUAGAAAGAAAUUUUUCUUAUUCUAUACGUGAAGUGAUAAACUUCAGGGUAUACUUUAGGAGCUUUGACACAGUCCAGUUUCUGCUGUGAAGAAUUCUCUGAUUGUCUUAAAAGCGUUCUUAUGCUGGAGAAGGAAAUAAGCAGCCCCAAGACAGAGUGGUGCAGGGGAUUGAGAACUUCUGUCACAGUGAGCAGAAGGGGAAGAAGAGAGCUGAAUGCAAGAGGAGGACAGAAGGGAGCCAUUUGUAUCACCCUGGCAGCUGUGACAGCCUUCAUCCAUCCCACUGAGACUGGAGUCACUCUGGCCCCAGCAAUACCAUGUUUUGACAAAUGUAGCUUUCUCCGUGGUGGAAGCUGAGCCCUCUCUGCAGCUCCUGCCUGGCCACCAUCUCCCCUGGAGCUCUGCGUGGCCCUUCACCCUCGCUGGCAUCCAGGCUCCUCGAGCUCAGGGCAGGGGACAGACAGGUGCUGUCACUGUCCUCCCCAGCUCCCUCCUGUUACUGAGGUAAGAGUUGCAGGCUGUAGCUACACAGAUUUCUCCCCAGGAGACUGACCAUCUGCAACAGAUUACAGACUGGAUAAAAGUUGUGCAUGUUCAGUCCUGGGGCACCUGCUGUUCCUCCAAUGGCCAAAAGUAGUUUGGGAGCUUCAGCAAGUCACACACCUUUCCCCAAAGCCAUACACAUCUCCCAGAGUAAGAAAACUGUCAUUUUAACUGGAUAGGCCCCCAAAAGCCUAACUAAUAAUUCACUGAAAGCCUACUCCCAUUGAUGUCAGUCAGUCUUUGACACUGGGUUGGCAGACUCCAUCCUCAGAAAGCACACUGGCAUCUGCCUUCACUGAAGCCAAAGGCUAUCAGGGUGUCUACAAAGCUCUGGAAAGCCUGCAGGUUACUCUGCCCUAUGCAGUAACACUGGCUGUGGCCUGACAGAAAGGAGUGUUUUUCCCUGCCUGUGGGUCACUGGCUACUGAGCCCUUUGGUGAGCAGCUCCAGAAAGGUCCUUUUGAUCAAAAAUAACCAGAUUUGAUCAACAAGAAGGAACAUGGCUUUUUUGGUGUAUGCACACAGCAGUGCUGGAAAUCCUGCAAUACUCAAGAAGGGACCUGCCCUCUGCACUGGAUGGGCACUGCACAGCUCUGCCAUCAUAAGCCAGUGAGGAGCACCAGGUCAGUUCAGAGAUGUCCUGCUGCUGUCAUGCAGUUUUCACACAUUCUCCCAGCUCAUGAUACCCACAGGCAGGCCCCAGUUUGUUUCCUGCUGCUUUCAAAAGGCCACCACCUACACUGUCCCACAGCAGACAGAGCUGGCUGCACCUUCAGCUCUGCCCUGCUCAGCAACUCCGGUGCUAACACACCAUCCCCAGGGAGCUGCUCUCUGCUCUCUGCUCACAGAACAGGCACCAAACACCUUCAGAGCAGCAGGUGAGAGGCUGGUGGCCUGGGUUUUAGUGUUGUUCAGCUUCCCUGUGGGAUAGCACAUCCAUAAUACCUCAGUACAAAUAUCCUUUCUGCCUAUGAAGAUUUGAGCAUUCCUGUAUUUCCUUGUUACAUUCCUGUAUUUCCUUGAAACCACCACCAUGGUAUGAAACCAUCUUGCACUGAGGCAGCUCUGGGCUGCAAGGAGCAGAGUGCUCUGAGACUGGCAAUGGUAGUAAAGAGCUGAGUGGUAAAACCCAUCCACACAAAAGCAAUGAACCCUGGAUUGCAGAGCUUCCUCCAGGAAAUACUUGGGCAAAGUCCCACCAAUACAGCUUGAUGCUUUUGGGGAAAGGCAUCAGGAGCCUCACAGGCAGGGGAGAAAACUGAACCUUGGCCUCUCCUUCCUAGGCAAUGCUCAGCUGUUGAGUAUCUGCUUGUAGCCACUUGUGCAAGCGAGGGGAAGGGCUGCAGUGCAGUGCCACAUGCUCAGCCCUCCUCCUCCAUCCUGCCUCUGCUGUGACUGCAUAGGGCAGGGACACUGCUCAGCAUCUGCUGUGCCAGGACUCAGUCACACCCACAUGCAUCACCCCAGCCUUGGAGUCCUGCAAAAUGAGGAGUGGCUGCAUGGAUGCCAGUGACACCCGUGGCACAGUGACACCUGUGACACAGUGACACCAGUGGCACAGUGACACCCGUGGCACAGUGACACCCGUGGCACAGUGACACCUGUGGCACAGCGACACUGGUGACACAGUGACACUGGUGAGCACUGAGGACGAUGCUCUAUCACAGGAGAGCCACGGGAACAUCUUGGUCCUCAGGGGCCUUUCUUCUGCUGCCAGUUGUCAUUUCCCAGACCCCACCAACUCUCUUCAAGCCACAUGCCCAGCAGUUGUGUGGGAAUCUACCCCAGCGAGGAUGGAUGGAUGGAUGGAUGGAUGGAUGGAUGGAUGGAUGGAUGGAUGGAUGGAUGGAUGCAACCCUAAGGCAUGGGCCUUAAGUUACCCCAUGAAGAUGCAGUAAGGAGAUGAAGAAAGGUGCCUUCUGCUACGUUUGCUGAGGAAAGUGACUCAGUCAGUUGCAGGGGUAGGUACAGCACAUCUCUUCAUUUAAUGAGAAUCCUUAAUCCCAUUGCAAUUUUAUUUAUUUAACAAGAGUGACAGAAGAGAUUGCAAGAGGAAAGUCUGCAUGUUCUAAGGUGCCAGUUGGGUGUGGUUUCUUCAAACAAGCCCCUUCACUAAAGACUUAGUUGCACUACUGAACCCAGAGAUACAAGAGAACUGGGUGUAAUGAACUGGACAACACACCAAAGGAGACCUCCUUGUGCUGAGCUGCUACUCCACAGGAACAGAAACUGCCUUAACACAGCAGCUAGGUUUUGUCUUCUGUCGUGAAAAACCUCACCUGUGCAGUCCUUCACACCCAUUUGUCACGUUGUGUUUUAACAAGGUCCCAGCUGCUUCACUCUGUGCUGUCACUAACACCCUCACCUCCAUCCUGUCACAGCCAGGAGCCUGGAAUCAGCCUUGCAGUGCUGGCUGGGAGACACUUCCCUUGUGGCACUUGACUCUUCCAGGACACACCCAGGGUGUAAAGGAAACAUCAGCUCCAGGAGAUGAGAUGGAGGAAGCACAUUAAUCCAGCAGGUACUCAGGAUCCCAGAGGAGGUUUAAUGAGUGGGAUCAGCAGCUCUGAACACAACCCUCAGCCUUGCUUUUGAGAUAAUGGUAAAUAAAACAGUAGUGCUGCACACUGUUCAAAUAUUGCACAGAGAAGAGAUGCCUGCUGAGAUUAAGGUUACAAAGGACUUUCCCACAGGUAACAAGUGACUGGGCAAAUGUUUGUUAUGCCAGCCUGAGGGAAAAGGGAUCAGUCUCCCCUUCCUAAACUCUGCAAGGGAAGUAAACAAGGAACAAAUGUAAAUGAAAGGCAAGUCACUAGCACUUUAUCUUAAUACAAACUUGGAUCAGCAACUUGCUGUGGAGAUGAACAGUAAAUCAAAAAGUUACUGACAACAGAGUGAUUUUGCAGAGCGAGCAGGAAGCGAGGCUGCAGGCAGGGCCACAUGCACUUGUCCUACUUAGAUGGUAGAUUCCAGCUAUGCCUCUCCAUCAGGCAAACUCUCUACUCCCCACUCAGCUAUAAAAAGCAAGAAUGUUUGAACCAAAAAGCCAAGAAAGGAAGUGUCUGGGUGCUGCAGCAAUGAUUCCCUUGGAUUGAGAGGGAAAAAGCACACAGCAGGGACAAGCAGAAAGAAUGUACCUAUAGAUAUGUACAUAUACCACAGUGCUGUAAUUUUUGUAUGUAGCAGUCAUGUAAAUAAAUGUAUGGUUUUUAUAAGAUACAUAUUCUAAAAAUCUAUAAAAGCAUAUUUUUAGUAAAAACAAUGCUCUACUUCUUUUGUAAAUAGUUCUCUUCAGAAUAAAACAUCAUUUAUACGAUACUGUCUCAGCUCUCACCACUUUACUGUGCCCAGCUGCAAAACAAGCUUAUUUUUUGAAUUGUCAUUUAACACCCAACAGCAUCUUUGGUGCUGCAUCAUCCCAUGAAAUUCAGCCAGGUAAAGCCCCUGUGUGUGCUUAGGGGAGAAGGGGCCAGGCAAAACCAUUUGCAUCUCUUGGUGCACAGGAACACCUAAAGGUGGGUAAAUCAUCCCACCUUUUGCCAUUUGUGUCCUUUACUGGCCCUGGCGUGGAGGCAGACUCGGACUGGAAGGGGUUUGGGCAGCAGACACAGGCAGUGACACACCCAGAGCUGGCAGCAGCUCAGACCCCUCCUGCUGCUCCUCCCGCGGGCACAGACACAGCCAAGGCACCUUCCCCCAGCAGGGCUCCACCACUGCCCCAGGAGCAGCCUGGGAGGGGAUGCUGCGGGCACAGCCACGGCUGCAGUCCUGCACAGAUUAAUUAAACACACAGGAAUUUCCUGGGAAAGCGAGGAGACACUCCAGAUGCUUUCAGUCACCUCGGGAGGAGGAGCUUUCAGAGCUUUUCAAUACUUUUUGUUGAGCAGAAAGAAAGGAUUACAGCACAAUCACAGGCAUCUCACUUCACACAGAAAUAAGUUACCCAUUCCACCUUCCUCUUUCAUUCAAACUAAAACAGCAACUAAACAUUUGAAAGCAUUACUUAUGGUUUUUUAAUAUCCCCUCUCAGGAAAUAACCCUUUACACAGCAGAGCUCACCCUUGGCUUGCCACCCUCCACCUCCAGGUGCUGGACAGCAGAGGAAACAGAGCCUCAAAAAAGGAUUUGGCAGCUUGUAACCUUUAUUUUUAGUUUUUUAAAAUUAUUUAAAAAGCAUAAUUAGAAACUUUCAUUACAGAAAUAAUCCUAGCAAACCAGUUAGACAUUCCAUUGCUCAACAUUUAGGAAACUUCACAUCAGCACCACUAGAGACACGGUCCCCACCCCUUCCAAUUGAACAGUGAUGGCAAGAGCAGAGGUAACUGCUCCUCUACAGCCAGCUCUGGGGAAAAAAAAA